AUGGGCCAACAAGAAAGGAAAAAAGACCAGCCAGGCAUUGAGGUUAAGAACUUUCUGAAGGGAAAUAAGGAAAAGAAAAGAAAACAAAACGAAGCAAUGUCUUCUCUGCUUUGGAGUUCCAUUGCAAUAUGUGUACAAGUCCUACUCCUUCAGCUAUGUUCCCUUGGUGUUGUUGUUUCACACCCUUCACCCUCUCACUCUCACAAUGAUAGGAUUACUCGCUUACCAGGUCAACCCAAUGUUGGGUUUCGUCAGUUCUCAGGUUAUGUAACCGUUGAUGACAAAAACCAUAAAGCACUGUUUUUUUACUUUGCUGAAGCUGAGAGUGAUGCAGUUUCCAAACCCCUUGUUCUUUGGCUCAAUGGAGGGCCUGGUUGUUCUUCUCUGGGAGUUGGUGCAUUUUCAGAGAAUGGACCAUUUAGGCCCAAAGGAGAGGCCUUGAUUAGGAACCAAUACAGCUGGAACAGAGAGGCGAAUGUGUUAUACUUAGAAACGCCAAUUGGAGUUGGAUUCUCUUACUCAACUGAUACUUCAUCUUAUGAUGGUGUGAAUGACAAGAUUACAGGCAAGGAUAAUCUGGUGUUCUUGCAAAACUGGUUUGUAAAGUUCCCACAGUACAGAAACAGAAGUUUGUUCAUUGUAGGAGAAAGCUAUGCUGGUCAUUAUGUUCCUCAACUGGCUGAGCUUAUGCUCCAAUUCAACAAAAAGGAGAAGUUGUUCAAUUUAAAAGGCAUUGCUCUUGGUAACCCAGUUCUAGAAUUUGCAACAGAUUUCAAUUCAAGAGCUGAGUUCUUCUGGUCUCAUGGAUUAAUUUCAGAUGUAACAUACAAAAUGUUCACUUCUGUUUGUAACUAUUCAAGAUAUGUGAGUGAAUACUAUAGUGGUGUUGUUUCUCCUAUCUGUUCAAGCGUAAUGAGCCAAGUUAGUACAGAAACCAGUAGAUUUGUUGACAAGUAUGAUGUGACCCUUGAUGUUUGUAUAUCUUCCGUGUUUUCACAAACCAAACUCCUCAAUCCCCAGCAAGUUACUGAAACGAUAGAUGUAUGUGUGGAAGAUGAAACAGCCAAUUAUCUGAACAGGAAAGAUGUACAAUCAGCUUUACAUGCUCGUCUUGUUGGAGUACAAAGAUGGUCCGCUUGCAGCAAUGUCCUAAAUUAUGAGCUGCGUGACUUGGAGAUACCAACAAUCACGGUUGUGGGCGAGCUAGUCAAGGCGGGAAUACCAGUAUUGGUUUAUAGUGGUGAUCAGGAUUCAGUUAUCCCAUUGACUGGAAGUAGAACAUUAGUACAUCAAUUGGCAAAAGAACUAGGAUUGAAGACCACUGUGCCAUACAGGGUCUGGUUUGAGGGGAAGCAGGUUGGUGGGUGGACUCAAGUUUAUGGGAACAUCCUUUCAUUUGCCACCAUCAGGGGAGCAUCACAUGAAGCUCCAUUUUCACAGCCUCAAAGAUCACUUGUGCUGUUCAAGUCCUUCUUAGAAGGCCGAGCUCUACCUGAAGAAUUUUGA